UUUAACACCACUCCAUUCUCAUUUCUAGCCACCACAACUAGGGAGGUGAAAUCCUGUGAGACAACAGCAUUUACAUUCAAAUUUUUUUUAUAGUUUUUAGGAUAGGGGAUCCAUGAAGUCAAUUCCUCUCUCUCUUUUCUUUAUCCAGCUCUUGAUCCAAAGCAUUCAAAAGUUCAUUAACUCUAUUUUCUGCGUUGCAUAUGGUAGAAAUGAUGUUUCUCACUACCAUAAUGCCUUACUUGAUUCCUAAUUAAGAUGCCAGAUAGCCUCAACCGUGACUGCCACUUGAAGUGCACUCAGCUCGUCCAAGUUCAAGACCACUUUGAGGAUGUCCUCAUUUGAUGCAAUAUUUAAUUUGUUAGCUCUUAUGCCCCAACUGCAACCAAUCCAAAUGGCCCUUGCUACUUGGCAAUGAAAAAAUAAAUGAGCUCCUGAAACAAUAUUACUUUCACAUCAACACUCAGACACUUAUAUUAUUAUUUUUGUUAUUCACCGAUCACAAUGGUCAUUCCUCUUGUUGUAAUAGAAAAUUAUUAGUCAGCAAACUUUCCCUCGUUCUUAUAUAGGGCCUCAUCGCCAUAUCACUUUUUUAAUUGACAAUCUGCCACGUCAGCAGUGUCAAAGUCAAAUUGUUUGUAGUAGCUCUCUAGAGAAUUAUAGCCGUCAAAGGCCACGCUGGAAGUGGGACGCUUACCUGGACCAAAAGGAUUUGAAAGGAGAUUGGGUUUCCUGCAGAAUCACCUUCAUGCACUCCAACUGUUUGAAAAAUUGCCUCUGAAAAAAUUCGCACACACAAAAAUGAUACCAAAGCCAAUUCGCCCGUUGGCCACCGUAGCCGCUGUCAUCACCGGUGGACUUAUAACUCUCAACCUCGCUUCCACCGCCACUAUCAAAGCGAUUCGUUUCGUCAGCGAAGCGAAACGGAGAAAGGUGGCGUUGCCUUGUGGGGUUUGCAGAGGAAAAGGGUUUUAUAUAUGCAAACUGUGCAAUGGAAAUGCCACCAUAGAGUGGUCGCCUAUGUUUGACCCUGUGGUUAUCAAUCCUUGCGUUUGCCCCACUUGCGAAGGAAACAGGGUACAACGUUGUCUUAACUGUCUAGGGAAGGGCUACGAUUGAGUUGCUUAAGAUAAAGUUUUGAAUCUUGCAAGUGAGUUGCAUUUGCUGUGUUUUAGAACUCAUCUGGAGUUACUUUCAAAUGCUUAUAUGCUCAUAAUUUUUUACCAAGGAACUCUACCCUCAAACAUAUUAUAAUCAUUAUAUAACUGUUGCAUAAGCUGUUGACCAUGAUGUAUGUCAAAGUGAAUCAAGUAGGAAAAGUACGUAAUCUAGAACAUAACAUGAAUAGGAUUGGUUCAAUCAGGCUUCUCCAUUGGAAUGUAAAUUUUGAUUUAGAAUCACAUCCAUGAUACACGUCAUAAACUUUGUAACGUUGGAAUGAACAUUUAUCAUACUGCACAUGGUGAACAAAGUGAUGUUAUUUGCUGAGGGAAAAUAUGUAAUGAUGAGCUUAGGCAAGAAGUGAGUUUACUGAAUAAAGUCCUAGUCUCCUAGAAUGUUAUUGA